CCGGAAGCUGCCUCCUGAGCGGGAGGUGCAGUACCUCCUCCCGGCCGGGGGGCGCCGGUCGGUGACGUCACGUCCGGCCGCCGGAGGUCACCGAGGAGACGCCCGGACCCGCGAUGCUCCGUCAGGCCGCCCGACUCCGGCCGAGCGUCCGGCUGCGGCCCGGGACCGAGUGCCGGGCCCGGCUCCGGCUCCAGCUCCAGGCCCAGGCCCGCUGCUGCUACCGGCUGGCGGCGGCCGGCAGGCGGGGCCUGGGCCUGGGCCCGGGCGCCGGGCCCGCGCGGGGAUGGCAGCGGAGCGGCGCGGCCCCGGCCCGCUGGUACAGCGUGCCCGCGCAUCAGCUGGUGCAGUUGCCUGCCCUGUCCCCAACAAUGCAAAUGGGAACCAUAGCGCGAUGGGAGAAGAAGGAAGGAGAUAAAAUAAAUGAAGGAGAUUUGAUAGCAGAAGUAGAAACAGAUAAAGCAACAGUUGGAUUUGAGAUCCUGGAAGAAUGCUAUAUGGCAAAAAUCCUAUUGCCAGCAGGAACACGCGAUGUGCCACUUGGUACGGUCAUUUGCAUCACAGUUCAAAAUUUGGAAGAUAUUAAAGCAUUUAAGGAUUACACUCCAGAGACAGUGGCAGCAGCUUCUGCUCCGCAGACCCCAGCAGCUCCUGCAGCACCUACCACACCCUCAGCUCCACCAAAAGCUCCAGGCAGUUCCUACCCUUCCCACAUGAAGAUUUCCCUGCCUGCUCUUUCCCCAACCAUGACAAUGGGUACCAUCCAGAGAUGGGAGAAAAGGGUUGGGGAGAAGCUGCGUGAAGGUGACCUCAUAGCAGAGAUUGAAACAGACAAAGCUACGAUAGGUUUUGAAAUAAUGGAAGAAGGUUAUUUGGCCAAGAUCCUAGUAGCUGAGGGUACCAGGGACAUUCCCCUUGGGACACCGCUGUGCAUCAUUGUGGAGAAGGAGUCGGACGUUGCAGCAUUCGCUGACUAUGUAGAAACUGGAGUCGCUGAUAUGAAGCCGCAACCUCCACCUUCAGCUCUCCCUGUCACACAGCAGCCUGUGGCAGCACCACCCACAUCUGCCCCACCCACUCCCAGAGAUCCCAAAGGUCGAAUCUUUGCCAGUCCUCUGGCAAAGAAACUGGCAGCUGAAAAAGGCAUUAACCUCCAACAAAUAAAAGGCACUGGACCGGAUGGCCAGAUCAGGAAAAAAGAUGUUGAUUCUUUCGUGCCUUCGAAGAGAGAACCAGCUCCAACUGUAGCUGCUCCAAGUGUAGCAGCUAUCCCCACUGGAACCUUCACAGACAUCCCCAUCAGCAACAUACGGAAGGUUAUAGCCCAGCGUCUAAUGCAGUCCAAACAGAGCAUCCCUCAUUAUUACCUCUCCAUAGAUGUCAACAUGGAUAGGAUUCUGGAGCUAAGGAAACAACUGAAUGAGGAAAUUAAAUCGGAAAACAUUAAACUGUCAGUGAAUGAUUUUCUCAUAAAGGCUUCUGCUUUGGCGUGCCUAAAGGUUCCAGAAGCAAAUUCCUCCUGGCAGGACACAGUUAUCAGACAGAACCACGUUGUGGAUGUCAGUGUGGCUGUAAGUACUCCUGUCGGCCUGAUAACUCCCAUUGUGUUUAACGCACAUAUCAAAGGCCUGGCCUCCAUCAGCAAUGAUGUCAAAUCUCUCGCUGAAAAAGCUCGUGAAGGAAAACUUCAACCCCAUGAGUUUCAGGGUGGGACUUUUACAAUAUCGAACCUGGGAAUGUACGGUAUAAAGAACUUCUCGGCCAUUAUCAACCCACCUCAAGCGUGCAUUCUAGCUGUUGGUGGGUCUGAACGGAAACUGCUUCCUGCAGAAAACGAGAGGGGGUUUGAUGUUGCCAACGUGAUGGCAGUGACCCUGAGUUGUGACCAUCGUGUUGUGGAUGGAGCAGUUGGUGCCCAGUGGUUAGCUGAGUUCAAGAAAUUCCUUGAAAGGCCAUCUACCAUGCUGUUAUAGACCACAGCAGCCAAUGUUUGAGUGUCCACAGUCUUUAUAAGGCAGUUUUUAUUUGUAAAUUUCUGUAUCUGCAUGAAAUCCUUAUUUUCUUGUUACAAAAUAUAAGUAUUUAUGCACUGGUUAAAAAGGUGUGCAGUUAAGCUAGAAUCUAGAAUCAAGAAUAAAUAUAGAGGAAAAACUCGUGCUGUUGACCAAUUCCAGUACUGUUUUAGGAACCAUUAGUGUUCUUGAAUUCUCCACUGUUACUCUAACAUUCAACACCAAUAAGGCCACGUGUUCCAUUCGCCGUCCUUGCUUAGAUGCUAUAAUGGGAAUAAAUGGAAACUACUUAAACCAGAAAGAUUCUUUUCUAUUUUAGAAGGGUUAAAAUCGGUGAGAUUUUCUCUGCAACACAGCUGUAGAUGUAACUGUGUUCCUCUGUCUAUCCCCAUGUGGUGUGGAAUUGGGAGCACGGAUCUUGGGUUCAGUUUAUGUUGGAGAACUCUAUAGUUGAAUUGGGGGUGGGGGUAGAAUGCAUUAAAACACCUAGAUUAACUGCCUACCUUCAGUCCAGUGUUUCUAUCAGAUUGAAGCUAUUUUACAGAGGCUGGGAACUAAUACACGGACAGGUGAUGGGGAAGAUAUUCAUUUGGGUGUCGUACAUUGGUACUUUUUAUUUGGAUUCUACUUUCAUUUUUCUUCUGCAUCAAGGAUUAGUCAUUUACAGUUACCCAGGAUGUAAUGAAACUGUACAUCUUUGUAUCCAUCUGGUUUAAAUUGUAUUUGCUAAAAAUUACAUUUGGAUCAGAAGGGAACCCAGUUACACCAGUUGGACCUCUAUAUGAACAAAACGUCGACUUCUGGUUCCAUUGUGUAGUUGUGGUUUUAACUAGACUGUUUUACACAAAUGUGUGGACUCUGCUGUUCAGGAUCAACUCAGCUUAACUAAAGUUUUUGAAGUAUUAUAUUUUGGCGCAGAGUUUAGUGAUUCAAGUGUGUGAACCACCUUUAUCUUUUUUAACGUACAUCUGCAUUGUUCCCGUUCCACACAUCUUUGUUUUGUGUGCAGCCAGAGGUCAGUGAACAGAUAAACAGGCACGUUAAACGAAAAAUAAAUUGGGAACAAGGGGACGGUUGUUAUCCUGAGUUAAGUUUCUGACUAUUCCAGCAUCAUUUUGUUCUGGUCAAAAUGGUUUUGUUUGUAAUGUGAGUGACACUUCCGCAUGUAGAUACAAAAAUAAAAGUUGUACAACACAGUAUGAGCCCAAUCCUGUCUUAUGUGGCCUUUAAUUCAUAUUCUCAUUCAGUGCUUUCGAAUUAUUCUUCUGUUAACCAUCUGAAAGAUUUGUUUAUCUUUGCCACUCCAAUAUGUGUUGCCUUAUUUAAGAGAGAGUUAAUAAACGGGAAAGUGGGAGGGUGGACAGAUAAAAGCAGCACGAGAAAUCCAAAUGUAGAAUUCUGUACAAUAUUUCACAUGUUUGUAUGUCAAUAAAAUGCCAUAUCUUUCAUCAAGUUAAUAUUUUUUGAAAGUGUAUUGGCAGAGUGUAUGUGUGAAGUUUGCUUUUGCAUCAUCUGAUCACAUUGUCAUUCUGAACUAGUGUGCUGCACAAAGGCAUAUUGUACUAACAACAUCAUGGAUUCAUUAAUUAAACCAAAUCCCCUCAAUUCUCAAAUCAGAUGUGACAUCCUUGCCUAUCAUUUCAAUUUAUCUACCUGAGUGUGUAAUAAUGUUUGAGCUAAUAGAGUUUUCAUAAUUUAUAUAUGUACGGGUAGGUUAAUUUGGGUUUAAAAUGGGCGGCGUGGACUUGUUGGGCUGGAAGGGCCUGUUACCACGCUGUAAAUAAUGAAAAAAAUAUAACUGUGAGCCUGCCAGCCAGUAACUGUUCUUAAAGUUGCUUUUGGUUGUGUAUAAACAGGGCAUGAAUCUUUCUGCAGCACAUUUCAUUUAUAUCUUUUGUAUUUAUUUUGGAGGGUUGUGCACUAUUGUGUGGCUGAAGGUUCCGGGCAAGUCAAAUCACAGCUUUGGAUGCAGAAGUUACAUUGCUGCAGUCUAAUACUGUAAAAAAUGUAAAAUCAACAUUGUUUCAGUAGAGGAACAUUUUUGCUGUUAAUGAAUUUCAGCAUUAAACCCAUUUUUAAAAACAGGUUCCUGACACUAUUGCUUUUAUUUUGUGGCAGAGGGAAACAUUUACAGAAAUGGGUGCUAAAAUCUGUCAGCAACUUGAAAUGUGUUGUACUAAAUGUGUAUUGUUACAUCAUGCCCUCUCAGUGGCAGCUUUGUAAUGGCAACUUGUGGGGAAUUUGUACCUAAAGUCAGGAAUCAAAUAAAAUAAUAGAACAGUU